AUGCCGGCUCGCCAGGGUGACAAAUCAAGUCACCAAAUUUACACAGAUCGCGGGACAUAUCCGAUGGGGCCUGGCUCAAGGGAUGUGGUUUGCAAUCCCCCACCCGAUAGACCUUACGACGCAUUAAAAGAUGCAAUCAUCAGCCGGUUCUGUCUGAUGGAAGACAAACGUCUCAAGCAGCUACUUCACGGAAUCCGUCCAGGGGAUAAUGGGUUGCACACUCCCACACAGUUGCUCAGCUAUAUGAGGAGUCAGGCUUCCAGCGAAAACGUGUUACGCAUUUGUUGGAUGCAAGCAAUCCCAGAUUGUCACCACUAG